AUGGCACGGGCUAGCCAAACCCGCAGAACAUGGUGUGCUACGCGCAUCUGGCUAGUCGUGCCGACGGCAUGGGCCUUUCAUUCCAUGUUGCCGCUUCUUUUUGUGCCCCCUGCUUCCCCAUCAAUACAGCACGGCGCGAAAAAAGCGCAAAGAAACUUGCGGACCCCAGGCCCAUUGCAGCCAUUGGGGCCAUGGGCUGCUUUGCUGACACCAGUGGCUGCACAUGCUGAAGACCCGCAAGGAGGGGAUUGGUUUGAGCCUUUCGUUGAUAUCAAUGCCAAGAUCAUCGAAGGCAUUGAUGGGGUUGUUGGAUCCGCCGGCUUUGCCAUCGUGCUGUACACCAUCAUCAUCAAGGUGGCAACUUUCCCGCUGCAGCAACCAGCUUUGCGGACAUCAGCGCUAAUGCAAUUGCUCUCUCCUCAGACAGAUGAGAUAGAACGAAGGUAUCCUCUCGAUGAAGAGGGGCGGGGACGCACUCUGCGAGAGCUUUACGGAAAAGUUGGAUUGAACCCUUUCGCGGCUUUCCUUCCAAUUCUUUUCCAACUCCCAGUUUUCAUCGCGCUCUUUCGGGCAAUUGGCAAGUUGGCAUCCCAGGAUGAGCAUUUUAAGGAGCCUUUCUUGUGGAUCCCCAGCCUUGCAGGCCCAGUUGCCAGCGGAAGGCCAAGCCUAGACUGGCUGCUGAAGACUCGGUACAGCGACCAUUUUGAGCCCUUGGUUGGCGGGGAGGAUGCUGGGUUCUACCUGGUUCUUCCGUUCUUGGUGUUCCUCCUUCAACUCCUUUCCAACAGGAUGAGCGCUGCCUCGAAAGAGUCAAUUUCUGCGUCCGUCCUUGCUCCUUUGUUUAUUGGCAUUUCAACUCUUGUGAGCCCUCAAGGCGUUGGCGUUUAUUGGUUUACCAACACCCUUCUGACAACAGCGCAGCUGAAGUUCACGCAGAACCAAGUUGCUGCGGAGUUUCCAGAGUACAAGAAGAUCAAAGAUGCAGUUGAUGCAGAGGGGGAAGGAAUGAGAUAUACCAGGACAUCACCAUUUGUCAAGAACGAUUUGGUCGAAAAGUCCGUCAAAGACUUGGAAGAGCCAUCAGGAAAUGUGGAGGUGAAGCCAGAAUCUCGAAGCGCACGGCGCAAGAAGCGUGGCAAGUCGCGGGCUAGAAGUAGCUAG